CUCAGCCCGACAACGACGUGUUUUCGAACGCAAUAUGGCGACCAUUUGUGUAAAUCAAAAGUUCGAACUGUAUUGAAGUUUGUCUGAAUCAACUUAUAAUGCGUAACAGUGUAGCUGAGAGAAUGUCUGAUUGACAGCAAAAUUAUUUUUUGCGUCCCGAUUGGCUUUGUUUGGUGUUUCUUGCUGAAAAGUCAGUCAGAAGUGUCAUAUUGGUUCAUAGAGCCGCCUUUGUUUUUGUUUCGCUGUCGAACUGAACCAGCACGACCAGCAGCGAUUCUUUAAAUGAAGUGUUGUUUUCAUGCGAAUCAAGUUCAUGAACUCAAUCGGCAACAACUUUGGAGUGCCGGGUUUGUGCAUUGCUGUUCUGAUCUUCUGACGCGCAGUGAUACUUUCAAGACCACCUUUCCUCUUGUCCCAAGCAACAUCUUUUGUUGUUUUCCAUCUCAUCUCUAGCCAGGGAAGAUCUCCUGGAAUGUCCUGGGAUGAAGAUGCUGAGUAAUAUUUGAAAAUGGGAAAAUCCUUGCUCGUGGAUGUUGUCUUGCCUUCGUUUCACAAUAGCUGAAAGCAGUACCAAAAAUGUGAUGCGCUGCACUUGUUGGUAACGGAAGGGUCCAAUCUCCCUUCCGUGAGUCCCUUCUGAUUAUUUUGAUUGAGGCACAUACAGCAGAAGUGCCUCCGCUGUUUGAUGGCAAGAGGAAAGAAACAUUCAAAAAAGCAACAAAAUGCGUCGAGUCAAGUUGAAAGAAAAGGGUUAGGUCCCAAACACCAUCAACAUGUAAAAGCAGCUGUCAAAAUGCAGGACAAACCUGCGGGUAGUGCUGCUGUGAGAACCCCAAAAGCCAAUGGCGUUAAACAUCAGCCUAAUAUGUCAUCUGGGCUCUCUUCAGCCUGCUCCAGUCUUGCAUUUAAUGGACUUGAUUCUGCAAAGAUCAAUCAACAAACUUCAGAAGAUUUCAAACGUUGUGAAGAAAGCCAUCCCAGCACAGACCAGUGCGACCCUGAUUCUGAUGGGGAAAAUGGUGGCAGCUCAACACUUACCAAUGGCUGUGGCAUGCACAGCUCUAAAACUAUGUGUGAUUAUUGCUCAUUAAAUUUUAAGAGUGAAUCAGAGUUAAAUGUUCAUUGUAAAUCUGAGGCCCAUCAAAUUGUUGUAAUGUCAGAUGGUGGAAGAGAAUGGGAGUAUCGUCCACCUCCUCGAGGGGUAAUGGCUGAAGGGUAUUCACUGUGUGAGAAUUGGGAUAAGACAUGCAAAUAUGGAACACAAUGUGUUGAGGCUCACAGUGCAGAAGAAUUGCAAGAAUGGUGUGAAAGAUUUGAGUACCGUCAAAAGAAAAUCCAACAAGCAGAACAGGAGAAUCUCCUUGGAAAAUCUUACACUGAACAUUUGCUUGAAAAGUGGACAUCAAAUCCAGACAAUUUUCUUAAAGAGAAUGUUGAUUAUGCUGAAGAUUGUGUUUCUGAGAAUCAGUUGACAACAACUGUCUCUAAAGAUAGUAAAACAGAUUGGACCUUCCUUGUGAAGACGUCAAAAAUACUGAAAGCUGUUGUCUUCUUGCAGUUCCCAGAUAGGCAUCGCUUUUCAAUCAAGUGUGUCAAAAGUGUUGUGGGAGGAGAAACUGCAGACUGGUCCCAAGAGGAUUGUCAAGAAUGGAUUUUGCCAGAAACAAAUGGCAGAUCUAUUGAAAAUCUCCAAAACAAUAACCCUGAUUUUGAAUACAAACAUUCUGUGUGUGUAGAAUUUUCUUCUGACAUUUAUGGAACAUUCCGUCAGACCGUUGCUUUCGAUUUUGGAGUUGAGCCAUUACUGGUAAAGCAUUUAUGUGUUGAUGUAAGACCUGCCUCAUUUGCAUCUAAUGUUGAUGAGCUUAAAAAGGAGCUCUUUCUAGAGGAGAGAUGGGAUGAAAACAACGCAGAGAUAAUGAAGUUCUCUUGUUCUGACGAGGCCUAUUCUGCCUACUCCUCAAAUGGGUCAGAAGACUUGCUUCGAUUAUACCCUACUCCUACGCCAUCAACUUUUACCCUUACUCAGUCAACUGUGUCAGAGCGGACAAUCACAAAAAACAAUUACUCCUCAAGGAUGCACGAAUUAUUGGGUGUUGAGGAAAUGGCACGAUAUCAACAGGUGGCUCGCUUCAAUGUUCGUGCUAAGUUGAAUGUUACCAAGUCAUAUCUUUUAGCCCCUGCUGGCACCACUCAUAGCACUGCGAAAUAUGCACAGAAUGAUCAACUCUAUGCAGUGAUGCAACUCACUCAGGCAAUCUCGGAGGACACAGCAGCAGGCCGCCUCAUCCUCAACAAUUGUACCAGUGUCCUUUUAUGUGCAGCCGGGAAAUCUUCAAAGCUGUCAGAGGAAGAUUCUGUUACAAAGGAUCCUGUCAAACGGAAGGUCUUUGAAGCUCUCAUCGAAGACAAAGGGAAAAAUGUCAUUUAUUUAAAGUUGUCUUCAGAAGCUGUGAAAGAAUACAACAUUGUUGGUGGAAAGGUUUUCCAUGCUGAAGUGCAAUUUCAGUUGAAUCGCUUACAAUAUUGUGAAUGGCACCAUGCUGUGGACAGUAUUGACGACUACAAAAUUCUUUUCCCUGAAACAUUUUUGGAACCCAACAUUCCCUGGAGUCCUCAAAGGCAAUGGAAAGAAAUUAAGGAAACUAAAUUAAAUGUCAAGCAAAAGGAAGCUAUAGUUGCCAUUACAACACCCUUAAGUGUUCAACUUCCUCCUGUUCUCAUUAUUGGUCCUUUUGGCACUGGCAAGACCUACACCUUAGCUCAGGCACUAAAACAGCUGCUUGCUGUGCCUGAUUCUCGUGUUCUUGUCUGCACUCACUCCAACUCGGCGGCCGACAUUUAUAUCAAUGACUACCUCCAUCCCUACGUGCUUAGCGGCUAUGAAGCCGCCCGCCCUCUUCGCAUAUACUAUCACAAGCGCUGGGUCACUACUGUACAUCCAACAGUGCAAAAGUACUGCUUGAUCAAAACUGGUGUUGAUGGAACAAGGCGAUUUCAACUUCCAACAGCAGAAGACAUAAUGAAACACAGAGUUGUAGUUGUUACCUUGAACAUGUCAAUGGUUUUAUCUACUUUGGGCCUCAAGAAAGGAUUUUUCACUCACAUUUUCCUGGAUGAAGCUGCCCAGGCUAUGGAAUGUGAAGCAAUAAUGCCUCUUGCUGUAGCAGGAGAGAGAACUCGUAUUGUACUGGCAGGAGAUCACAUGCAGCUAAAUCCUGAACUAUUUUCUCCUUUUGCUAAAGAGCGCAAUCUACACAUGUCAUUGCUGGAGCGCUUAUAUGAUCAUUAUCCUACUACUUUUCCAUGCAAAAUAUUGCUCACAGAAAAUUACAGAGCUCAUGAAGCAAUCAUAAAGUUCACUUCAGACCUGUUUUAUGAUCAAAAGCUGGUGUGCAGUGGACGACAACCGGGUCAUCCCAAAUUUCACCCUCUGACGUUUUUCGCAUGCAGAGGUGAAGAUGUUCAGGAAACUAACUCAACUGGUCAUUACAACUUGGCUGAGGUUUAUGAAAUAGCUGAAAGAGUCAUAGAACUGAGGAAAUGUUGGCCUCCAGAAUGGGGUGACCUCAAUGAUCAGAGUAUAGGAAUAAUGACACCGUAUGCUGAUCAAGUAUUUCGAAUUCGAUGUGAAUUGAGAAGGAAGAAUCUUGGUGGCGUAUCAGUUGAACGUGUUUUAAAUGUGCAAGGUAAACAAUUUCGUGCCAUAUUCAUAAGCACUGUUAGAACUCGAAAAACUUGUGACACUCGUAUCAAAAGUAACGGCAGUGAAGAAAGUGAAUAUGGGUUUCUUUCCAAUUCCAAGUUGUUAAACACUGCUAUUACAAGAGCACAGUCAUUGGUCGCUGUUGUGGGAGACCCCAUUGCAUUAUGCUCUCUGGGACGAUGCAGGAAAGUUUGGGAGCGCUACAUUCAGUCUUGUGAUGAAAAAAAUAGUUUGUUUGGAAUGCCUUGGUCUACAAUUCAAGCUCAUUUAGAUGGUGUUGAAUUUAAAACAAGCUAUGUGUUAAACCCUCUUGCACCAGAAUUUAUACCUAGGGCAAAAUCUAAUCUGUAUAACAACUCUGGGAAUGAAUCCUUGGUGUUAAAUGGGUACCACUCCCACUUGGCAUUUUUUGACCAGUCUGUACCUGGGUCUGGGCAAAGCCAACCCCCAUUCCCAUACCCACAGCAGUGGUCUGGACCUCGACAUAGGUCUGGUCAGGGACCUGGGGUGAGGCCCUUGCCUGCCCCUGUGCCUGCUGCCGCUGCUCCUGUGACUGCACCUAAAGCUGCACCUCCACCUGGGCUCUCACCUGGUUCUGGUGUUGGACCUGGAUCUGGAUCUGGACAGCAACCACAUGUUGAUGGUCAAUUUUACCCGAACAUGUAUCGAGUUCCUCGUGUACACAACACCCCUCCUCCCCAACCACAGCUCUUUGGGGCGUUCCCAGCGCCCCCUCCCCAAGCACAAAAAUGGGGUGUGCCACCUGAUUCCCCCCACCGUUCAGCAAUGCAGCAAGCAUACCUAGUUGGCACUUGCAGGUUUCAGUCUUCACCUGAAGGCAUUCAACCCAGUGCUCCUUUAGGUGCUCCUCGUGGCCCUAUGCACGUUGUUUCCCAGGCUGCAAAUCCGUGGCCGGGAACUGGCCACCAGGCCAGCCAGCAGGCCAGCCACCAGGGCAGCCCUGUUGCUCACGUUGCUCCACCUGGUUUAGCAGCCAAUGCCAACUCCAAGGGCUUUGAAAUCGCUGCCCUUGAAAACAAAUUGCUGAUGCAGGGUGGUGUUGAUAUUCCAAGUGGUGAAUUCACUGGAAAUAACUCAGGCAAACUUAAUGGAAUUGUAUUGGAUUCUGCUGUGCAAGCAUUUGACACAAGCAAUAGUAUUCAACAUAUCGAGUCCUACUCAGCGCAAGUUGCACAGUCUCUGCAACAACCUCCACAACAGAUUAUACCACAAUCUGUCAAUCCCACCUUCUUCUCAAACAGGCAGACCCCAUACCAGUUGCAGUUUGCCCAAGAGCAGACCUUGCUUCAGCAGCUGUCUCAACAGCAUCAACCACCAGGAAAUCAGAGACCUGUUCAGCAACAGCAACCCGUACCCAAUCAACCAGUAAUGGCCACUGGACCGUUUCUGGCUAUUGUUCAAAAUCCUCUAAAUCAUCCUGUAACAUUAAAUGGUGCACAAAUCCAACAGCAGCAGCAGUUGCAACAGCAUCAACUGCAACAACAACAACACCAUCAGCAGCAAUUGCAACAACUUCAGCAACUUCAACAGCAGCGACAACAAAUGAAUCACCAGCUGCUUCAUCAACAUGAGCAGCAGCUGCAGAACCAAUUGAUGCAGGUGCAGCCAAUAUCUGAAGCAUUUGUUCAUGAGCAAAGGCUGAGAGAAGUUGAGAACCAGCUAAGACUGCAGCAAGAACAGCACCGCCAACAGCAACUACAGUUGGCAAUUCUACAGGAGCGUAGGAAACUGUUACUCGGCCAUAUCCUGACACCUCUAGUAAACUGCAAACCUGAAUGGAAUAAACUUAUUCCCAGAGGAGUCAACUUGCUUGAUAUGGUGGACAACAAAAGCCAACAGGAAGAGUGGUUUAAUCACUUGAUUCGACACGGUCAAUCUGAAGUAGCAAAGAUGUUUGCAGAAUUCAUGGUGUUGUGUGUCAGAGCAAUCACAGCCACAAGUUCCGAUCUAAGGCAACCCUCACCCAGUCCUCUUUUAAACAAAAUUCAAACACCUGACCAAAAUAUUAAAAUGACUGUGAAUUCAGCAGAGAGUUUGAAGGCAACUUCCUUACUAUCAAGUUCAAGCAACCACCUUGAGCCCUUAACUACAUUGGUCCCAGAGGAUGAUAAAACCAAUGUUGUAUCAGGAAAGGGGACUGAUGAACUAGUAAUUAUGAUGAAGGACUUGGACCCUAAAUACAUGUUAGGAAGCGACGCAUUAUUAAAUGGUGGAAAAUCUGUGUGGGCUAUUGCACAAGAUGAGUUAGAACGCUGCAAUCGCAAUGGUGUAAGAUUGAAAGCAGGAAAUGCAGCCAUGCAGAAGUCUCUCCAGAAAUCCGACACAUUUGACAGUGAUGAUUCAGGUGAUGAGCUGCUUUCAUCAAUCAAUAGACAACUCAACCUACAACAAUCAGUGGAUGACUGAGCGUAUGAAUCCUUACCAACGUUGGUUAGUUGUUUAUUUGUGUAUAGGAUGUUAACUCCUUUGGUAGAAGUUGAUCUUUGGAAACCUUCUAUUUAUUUUCCUUUUGAUUCUGUUUGUUUAGUUUUUAACUGUAGCUCAGGCAACUUUCAAAAUAUUAAGAAAUUCACCUUUGGGAACCAAAGAUAAAUGUAUUUAAUUGUGCUUAUGUGUCAAAUCAGGAAAACUUGCAAUAAAAACUCCCAGUUUCGCCAAAAAAAAAGUUUAAAAAUAUUGAAAAAUUCUUAUUAUAAAUAUGGGUAAGAAACAUUUUGAUGCACAAGCGAUAUGUUGAUGUGACCAUAUCCUAGAGGGAUCAUUUCUUGCUUGUUCUUGAGUUCUGUCCCAAUUAAAAUUGUACUUACAGAGAAGUGCGGCUUUGGGCCCUCUGCUUCUCUGGAACUCUAGCAUGUGCAUAUCAAAUGUACUACGCCUACUAUGUAAAUAUUUAGAUUCUGGGAGACUUAUAACUAGUAUUAGCACUAGUUUUGAUGUAAGAGAAGUCUUAUUUUUUAUCAUGUAUUGGAGGCUUCUCUUAAUUAGAUGAGUCCCUAUUUUCCUUUCUGAGUAUAUAAAAAUACCUUUAUCAACUUAUAAGUUCAAUUUUUAAUUGGAUGAUGCUUCCUAUUUAACAAAUCCCAUAUAGCAAAGAUGGCGGUGCGGCAUUUUUUUUUGUUCUCUUAUGAGAACUCAAGCGACUGCUUACUGGCAAAACAUAUUUUAAAGCAUUGUGUACAAACUUAGGGAGUUAGGUUUAUUUUGUUUUUUUCUUCUUACGAAAUUAAUUAUGAGUGCAAUGCGUAUGAAUAUAGAAUGUUGAUGAUUUUGAUCCUGCAUAUGAAUAUAGAACGUUGACGAUUUUGAUAUUGCAUAUGAAUAUAGAACGUCAAUGAUUUUAAUCCUAUCUAAUUUAACUGUGCAGUGGCAUUUAUUUUCUUAGUUUGACCUUAACUUGGCAUGACUGUGACUGUUAAUUGAAUUGCAUAUCCUCUAUUGACUGUAACUUCACAGUAGAAGUUUAUUAUGAGUUUAAUGUAUGAAAAAUGGUCAUCAAUUCGAAGUUCCAUGAUUUAGAUUGCAUUACAUUUAAAUGUCAUCUUUUUAAACGUGCCACCCAAUGCAUUUUGAAAUAGAGCCUGGCUAGUGUUCAUCAUCGUCUAUACAUAUUCCAUUGAUUCUUCCGAACAAUGUGAUUGCUCUUGCAUUUGUUUAAACAAUUCCACUUUGUAGAAAAGCGUAAAAAGAAGAAAAAAAAAGGAAAAGUGCAAAGCAGAAAUAUGAGAUGUAUUUGAAAGUUUUGCGGCAAAUGAAAUGUGUUCGAUAACAUUUAUCUCCAUUGAAGUAUGUCAAUCUCAAUGUGAAUUUUUGUGAGAUUGGUAAGAUUGAUUUUCAGUACACAAAGUUGAAUUCUAUUUUCCUUGAAUUACUUAUUACUAAAAAUUUGGCAUCUCUGUAGUGUCUUUGUUGUUCGCUAUUGCUUUUGAUGUACUAUAAUGUAACUGAUUUACUUCUCUAUAUUUAAAAAUAACAUUUUCUAAACAACAGGCCCAUUGUAUCAACUUGAGUUUAAAGAAAUGAAGUUCUUUAGAAAUUUAUGUUAGCUUUCACCGAAAGGUAUCUUAAUGCUCAUAUUUUGACAAGUGUUAAAAUGAGAGUUCGGGCAAAAGUUAUGAUCUCAGUUUUAAAAUUUUUGAUGGAACCUGCUAGAUUUUAUACAGGUUGGCUGUGAUAGCUAAGCUGAGGCUCGGGGGCCGCGUUUUAUUUUGGGCUUGUCCUUAAGAAGUAUAUUAUUAUUAUACUGUAUCUAUCAGUUUAUCUUAACUUCCUGAGAUUUUGAAUUGCUUUCUGUGAAGACUGUUAAGGAAAGAUAGUCUCAAAUUUACAUGGUUGUUGCUGUGUUUAAGUUAAAAAUGUGUCCCCCGAUGAUGUUGCACCAUCUAUUGAUUCAACAUUCCCUGCACCCCUCUGCUUAUGUUCAUGCUCAUAUCCUUUACCCUGUGCUGGUUCGAUGAUGAAUGAUAAUUGUGUGCGACAUUUUUCAUCCACUGGGGACACUGAACUUUAACUGUAACAUAUAAUAUAACAAUGUAAUCAUCUGCCUAUUAGGCAGACUAACUAUGCUUUGAGUAGAGAGUUCUUUGUCAACUUAGUGUCUCUUUGUGUAAAAUGUUCAAUCAAACGUUUGAACCAGCUCUUGUUCUCUUUGUUUAUUUGUUUUGUUCUUGUUGUAUCUAUAUUUGUACUUGUACUCCUGGGUGAGGUGGUAAGCUGCCUGGUCUUCUUUAAAGUUGACCUUCACCCCUCCCUUUCUCGUACAGUUCAAGUGGCCAUUUUAUGACAUGAUGUGUAACAUAUUGUAGUUCUCUUGGAGAUAUGAAAGAUUAAUUUAUCAAAGUCAUUUCAUAACAUAACCCUAAAUGUGGUCUGUAGGGCUGCACUUCCAUUUGCUGUUAUUGACUGCUUAUUUUGCUGUUAGUGUAAUGUGAUGAACAUACUUUAGGGGUUGUACUUAAGUUUUAAAGCAAGUAGGAAUGAUCUGAUGGAUAGAAUUAAUUUAUUUACAAUACCAAUGCACACAUCUGUGAGUAGUUUUGUGUGGUUGGCUGAUUGUUUAUCUUAAGGACUGAUAAUUAGUGUCAUUUUAGGAGGAGUUUCAUGAAAGCUGAAUUUGAAAUCUGGUGUUCUACAUCGCUUUUUUAGCAAUGUUAUUUGGUUAUUAUUUUAAGUAACAAAUAAGUGAAGCCGUGUAUUUGGAACAUGCAUGCCUAGUCAAAAUCAAAUAAUUAAUGUAUCUUUUGUAUCUAAAACAAAGAAAAAAAAUAUGAGAAAAAGUUAUGACUUUUAGAUGCAUUUUGAUGAGGUAGUAUGUCACCUUACUAUACUUCUUGUAAAUAAAUAAAGGGUUCUUGAGUCAUUCUUUCUGUUGACAGGAGGAUAUUGUACAAUAUAAUCUGGCGUACAGCUGCAAAUGUUCAGAUUGUCGUCAUUGUAUAGUUUUGUUAGGUACCACUGUAUUGAUUUGCAAGAUGAUGUAUGAAACUGUACUAAAUAGGACAAUUCAAUUGAUUUGACCCUUUGCUGAGAUAUAUUUUUUAGAUUUUAUUUUUAUUUACGUUUAUCAACUGUCCAAACUAAUGAACUUCAAUUAUGGAUUGUUACUUUUUCAUCAGGACACCCUGAUUUCAACAUGCUGCAUCAAUUAUUUAGUAGUCUCUGUUGCAAUUUUUUUCUACAUUUUUUCUACAUUUUCUCACAGUCUUUAAUUAUUUUUCCUGUUUUGAGAUAGGAGGUCUGAUAUAACUGUAUAACUUCUGCAUACAAGUGGAUAAGUUCAAUCUGGGCCUGUAAUUAUCAUUUUGUCUUUGAUAAUUUUCUUGGAUGAAGUUAAUCUCAUAAAAUUUUAUAUCCAUUUAUGACAUGGCCAUUUUGUUGCCUGGACUUGGAAUUUUUCCUAGGACACACCAAUGAAUGUAUAUAUAAUUAUACACUCAAAUUUUGCUUGAACUACCUAUUUUAUUGUUAAUAAAGAGGGAUCCGUCAUUUUGUUUACUUUUGGA